AUGGACGACGCCGUUGUUGAAGAAAUAGAACUGACCGCUGAUGAUUUUGAGCCUCUUGAUUAUGAGGAUGCCACCGAUGAUUCUUUAAUGCUACAAUUCUCACGAAAGCAGCACAAAAUAACUUUAUCAUUAGCAGUUGUAGACAAAGUUUGCGAUCCAUCUGCUCACAAAAAAGCCGGUGGGCCAAGAAACGACGAUGUUAGCAACAUGGGAGAAAUGCGUAUACAGGAUAAUAAACGACGUAGUAAUCUGUUACGCUCAGCCAAGAAACAUUACGAAUCCGAAGUUUAUGAUGUGUGUAGUGACGAUGACAUGUUGCUCGAAUUACCUGAGGACUCCGAGACCGAAUCAUCACAAUCUUCGCAGGUCCCUUCGCCUAACACCCUUAGCCAAAAAUGGAGUUUGAUCAAGGAUAUACGGCAGAUCAUCGCAUUAAGAAGGAAGCCACUGUGGAGUUCGCUUGUUGAUGUGGACCGGACCUUGUUGUAUGUGACGAAAAGCAUGAAUCCAGAACCUGAAUACAGACAUAGCCAACUACCUGGGUGCUAUCAAAACGAGAAGCCACCAAUAAUGCAGUACAGAGAUGCCUGCACAACCCGACUUUCAUAUUGA